AUGCAUUUCCUCGGGCGAUGCAGCUAGUACUGUCAAGGAAAGUGAAAUGAACCAAGAAGCUUCUGUGGGGGACCAAGGGAUGUAUUACUACGGAUAUUAUUAUCCUGCCUCAUUUGGAGGAUAUGAUGAGAAUGGCUACUUCGUUGGAUACAAUGGACUGGAGGUGCACCCUACAGUAAGUGAUCAACUAGCAUACUUUAUCAAGUAUGGUAUAUGCCUUUUCUACAGUAUUUACAAGUGGUUCUAUCUAAAAUCGAAACAAUGGUGCACUCAGUACAUCUCUGUGGUGGCAUGGUGGUACCGACAAGCUUUGAACCUAUUUGCUGUCAUCUUCCCUUUGCUACGUUUGGGAAAGUGGCCAACAUUUUUCUUUAGUACCACUCGUUAUUCUUCAAUUGUUAUCCUUGUGCCAGAAAAGUAUCCUGCACAGUUUUAUGAUAUUUUUUGCUGCGCUGUUGUAAGCACAACAUAUGCUUUCAUGAGCAAAAGAUUAAUUUACCGUAAUGAUUGAAUAAACAAAGCUGACUAUUUUUUUCUUUUUGCCAAAGGAAGUAAACUUCCAGCCUCUGCAUCAACUAAGGAUGCACUCGGGCCAUAUCUGUGGCAUCAGGAUUUAAACCUUGGUAGGUGGAGUCAUGCACUUACGACUCCACCAUAUCAAUGGUGCUUCCCCAAACGAUGAUGUGUAUAAUAAACAAAGCUGAAUGAUGGAGCACUUUUAUGUUCCAUGCUAUACAAGAAUUUGUGGUGGUUCAAGGUGAUAAUGGGUCUUAUUUGUGUUAUCUUCCGGGGUAUGAAAAUGGAUAUACUUAUAGCCCGAUUGUUCCUGGAGUUAUUGCUGGUGUGGAUGGUCAAUAUAUCAGCAAAGAGCCAUAUUAUUCUACAAUUUCUAUGCAGGACCCUAGCACACCUGGCAUUUUUGCUCAACCAGUUGCUUAUGGACCUGAGCUAGUCCCUGCAUACACAUGGGAUCCUUCUUUUGCCCUUCUUGAUGGGGUUCAGGGACGUCCUGUUGGUGUGCAUCAAACAAAUUACCCUGCAAGACCAAAAUACUCUUCUAAUAAGCUUCCUUCAUCAAAAGCUUCCCGGAACACUAAGUCUGCAUCAGAUACCAUCAAAGGAUCAUCAUCAGCUCUAGACACGAUGUCAACUUCUGCUAAUGGCUAUCCAUCCUCGAAGACUGCAAACAAGGCAUCUGGUGCUUCCAUUUCAAAAGGGUAUCCUCUGUCUAGCAAGUUUGCGGUGCAUACUAACCAAGGAAAAGACAAUCUUUACCAAAGUAAAGACAUUGGUAUGAAGGAAAGUGGUAGAAGCUGGAACAGUACUGAGAAGCUCAAGGCCAGAAGUAAGCUAAAUGGAUAUGGUGACUGUGAUAUAUCAGAUAACCUCACUGAUAACUCCAAAAAUAGUUUGAGCCCUCAAGGUGGUCAUUAUGGACUAUCAAGUGCAGGGGGGGGCAAUGAUGUUACACCUUCACCUGUUGCAAUGAGCCGAGAUGCAUAUAAUCUUCCAGAUUUUGUUACGAAGUAUGAUCAAGCUUUAUUCUUUGUGAUUAAAUCUUAUAGCGAGGAUGAUAUUCACAAGAGCAUUAAGUACAAUGUCUGGGCAAGUACUCCUAAUGGAAAUAAAAGGCUUGACAAUGCCUUUAAACUUGCACAAGAAAGAGUUGCUGAGAAAGGAACCAAAUGUCCUAUGUUCCUUUUCUUCUCUGUGAACGCAAGUGGCCAGUUCUGCGGCGUGGCUGAGAUGGUCGGUCCGGUAGAUUUCAACAGGAAUAUGAACUUCUGGCAGCAGGACAAGUGGAAUGGAUUUUUCCCAGUAAAAUGGCACAUUAUCAAGGAUGUGCCUAAUCCACAAUUUCGCCACAUAAUACUGGAGAACAACGAAAACAAACCUGUGACAAACAGCAGGGAUACACAAGAGGUCAAGUUUCCACAAGGUUCAGAGAUGCUGAACAUUUUCAAGAACUUUUCAUGUAAAACGUCAAUAUUGGAUGACUUUGACUUCUAUGAAAAUAGGCAGAAAGUAAUGCAGGACAGAAGAGGCAAGCCACUUGCUACAACAUUGGAUCACCCCAUGUUAAAAGUUGAAAAACCUGAAGAAACUAAGAGGCCAAGUCAAUUUGUAAGUACAGUGGAUCUUGAUACAGCCAAACCAGAUGAAGUGGUGUUUGACAAGAUUGCAACAGAACUCGAUACAGCCAAGCUAAGUGAGGAGCAGAUCAACAAAGUUGAAGUGGAAAUUGGCACAACUAACAGUAGUGAGUAGCAGAGAAGGGUUGCAGAGGAUGAAUUACAGGAUGGGUACUUGAGCUAGAAACAUAAGAGAUGAUUUCAGAAACGGGCUUCCUACUUCAAACAAUUAACUUGCUGUGUGAAACGUUGAGAAUCCUUGGCACUCGUCCACUUCUAAAUGCAAGCGGAAAAAGAGGAACCAAAGGAAAAGAGGAACCAUGGUGCUGUCUUCCCAUGAGAAUGCUCGAUGACUGGGAAGAGGUUACAAGACAACUAACUAGAUAUCUACUGAUCAUGCGUGUGUUACUACCUCUGCCGCUAGCCGCUAACGCUCAAUUCUCCCUCGUCUAUUUUUCAGCUUGGAGGGAAGAAUUUUUCCUUUUUGCCUUAUGUCAUGCCUUUUUUUAUUUGUCUAAUAAUACUGCUGGGGUCUUUGUAAGCAGUCUAGUUUGAUCCAAAGAAGCAAGUUCAUCAUGGUUAGGCGUGUUUCAGUGAAGGUUUGUAGGUGGUUGUGGUUGGGUUGUCAUUUGGGGUUGUAGAGGUUUAUUUAAGACAAGUUUUAGGUACUGACAUUGAAGGUGGGAAAAAGAAAAGGAAUAAGUUUUUGGACUUGCUUUACAUUAUUGUUUUAGGUACUGUCCUUUGUAUCACAAUCUUCCAUUAACAAGACAAAGAACAAAAAAGAUAGCUGUUAAUUUAUACUCCUUUCAGCCUUCUCAGAUAGGCAGAUACCACUUCUUUCAGCCUUGCUAUGAACCUUUCGUUUUCGCU